AUGAGAUUGGAGAAAUGCUGGUUCUGUUCUUCAACUGUAUACCCUGGUCAUGGAAUCCAGUUUGUUCGCAAUGAUGCAAAGAUUUUUCGGUUUUGUAGAUCAAAAUGCCACAAGAACUUCAAAAUGAAGAGGAAUCCUCGUAAAGUAAAAUGGACCAAGGCAUAUAGGCGCGUGCAUGGGAAGGAUAUGACGCAGGAUUCAACCUUUGAGUUUGAGAGAAAGCGAAACAGGCCUGAGAGAUAUGACAGGAAUCUUGCUGAUAGUGUACUCAAGGCCAUUCCUAAGAUCGAUAAAAUCAGAGUUAGCAGGGAGGAGAGACACCAUAAGAACAGGAUGAAAGGCAACAAGGCGAAAGUGCAGAAAGAGGCAGAAAAGGAGUACGAGCAGAGCAUCCAUAUGGUCAAAGCUCCUUCCGCAUUACAACAGGAGAAGGUCAAAGUCAAGGUUUCCCAACAACAAUCAGAAGAGAAUCCUCUCAUGGAAGAGUGA